AAGUUUAGUCUAUUCGGGUCAAAAAGUUAAAACUUAAUUCAAAUUGUGAAAACGGUUUAAUAAACAACAAUUGUUCUCAAAUUUCGAAGUCAGAUCCCACCAAAACAUCUCCACCUGGGAAAACUGAAAAGAAAAAGAGCAGUGUCUGUGCUGUGCUCUGUUUCAGCUCUGCCGCCCCCAUUUAUUUGAAACUGAAUCGCCCACUUCUCAAUCUUUCUUAACAAGGUCUCGAAAAGAAAUACUAAACCCCAGAGGCAAGAAAAGGAAGAAAAAAAUGGAAGCUUAGAUUUAGAAGCACGAGAAGCCGAAGAAUUGAAGAUGAAGAGCAAGUCUUAUUUCCUUGUCAUUCUCAUUCUAGCUUGCUUUGCAGUAGAAACAGCAUCAGCUUCAAGGCCUGCCUUUCUCUUUACGAGAACAAGAGGAAGAUGCACUGCCCAGUACUGGAGUAGCAGGAGAGAGGCAUGGCCAAGGAUGGUGCCGCAGACAUCAACGGUGUCUAAUGUAUUUGGUUCAAGAAUAUUUGAACGGUACAGAUCUGGAUUGACUUUGUUAGAAUCAACGGCCAGGAAUGACGAUGAGAAUGUGUUCGUUGGGUUGUUGAAGCAGGCAAUUGCAGCACUUUUGAAUUCUUAUGCUAGAAAAGAAUUUGCAUACUCUGCUUGGGAAGUGAAGACUCUGUUUAUACAAGGUUUGGUUUCGGAAGGGGCUGCUGCCAAACUUGCCAAACAGUUCUCUAUUGCUAAUGAGGCUUGUAAUAAUUAAUGAGAGGUACAUUUUUCUAUGGUAGAUCAAGUGUCAGAUUAACACCAAAAAUGCAAAACUUGUUAAUUAAUUACAAUUUCUGGUUGUUUAAGGUAA